AAGGCAUUGUGCGCGGGCAGCCAAUGGACAGCAGUUGAGGGUGGGUUAUGUGGAAGCCGGAAGCGCCCCUGUGCGCUGGGCUGGAGAGGGUGUAUUGCUGCUCCUGCUGCUGCUGUUGGGAAAACUGCUGAUCUUAAUGUUUAAGCUGCUGACACAGAAAGGAUCGCCGCCCAUGCAGAUCAUUGCAGUGAGGAGGGAGCAUGUGCGGAGACUUGGACUCCUGCUUCUGAUUGCAGUGGCUCUGGUAUUGUACAGACUCAGAUGCUCCAGAAUUGAUUGUAGAGCCAGGGAGAUGGCAUCUGCCGUGGACCUGUUUCAACGGUUCCAUUGGAUGUCCCUCACUCCAAGAAGAAUGCACGGCAGAAGUUUAGGACUGCAGGCCAACAAAGAAUAUUUUCAGUUGGAGGGAAAUAAGUUUUUAAUUCUGGGUGGCUCAAUGCACUAUUUUCGCAUUCCCCGGGCAUAUUGGACUGACCGCAUGUUGAAGAUGAAAGCCUUGGGUCUGAAUACUUUAACAACGUAUGUUCCAUGGAAUCUUCAUGAGCCACAGAGGGGAACAUUUAAUUUUAAAGAUGAUCUUGAUCUUGAGGCAUAUCUCAAAUUAGCCAAUGAUUUGGACUUGUGGGUAAUAUUGCGCCCUGGACCAUACAUCUGCUCAGAGUGGGAUCUUGGUGGUUUACCCAGUUGGCUGCUCAGAGACAAAAACAUGAAACUGCGCACAACUUAUGCUGGGUUUACCGAUGCAGUCAACACCUUUUUCAAUGUGCUAAUUCCUAAAGUUAUCCCCUUUCAGUACAAAGAGGGAGGUCCAAUUAUUGCCGUGCAAGUAGAAAAUGAAUAUGGUGGCUAUGCCAAAGAUGAGAAGUACAUGGCUUACGUACAGGAGGCCUUGUUGAGCAGAGGGAUAGUGGAAUUAUUGAUGACUUCUGACAACAAAGAUGGAUUAACUAAGGGAUCCAUUGCAGGAGCUUUACCGACUUUCAACUUUCAGAAGCUGGAAUCUGGACUAACAUUAAUGAAAGAUUCAGAACCUGGCAAACCUAAGUUGGUAAUGGAGUACUGGAGUGGCUGGUUUGACCACUGGGGCAGUGGUCAUCACAUCUAUCGGGAAGGAAUAUUGGAUACCCUUACGGCUCUUUUAAACAAAGGAAUUUCCAUCAAUCUCUAUAUGUUCCAUGGAGGGACUAACUUUGGCUUUAUGAAUGGUGCUCAGGACUUUGGCACCUACAUUGCUGAUGUCACCAGCUAUGAUUAUGAUGCACCCUUGUCUGAAGCAGGAGAUUACACGGAGAAAUACAUGCAAAUUCGAGAACUCUACAGCAAGUACCUGGGUGAGGAACUACCUGAAACGCCACCUAAAAUGCAUAAGAAACGAUAUGCUGCUAUUCAACCGAAGGAAUACAUUCCAUUAUGGGGUGCACUCAGUCAGUUAGAAAAGCCAAUCAAGAGUGAAAGUCCUAUCAAUAUGGAGAACCUGCCAAUAAACAAUGGCAGUGGGCAAUCCUACGGAUACACGUUAUAUACUACAGUAAUAAGUAGUGGUGGAAUACUUCGUUCUGAGCAGAAUGUCCGUGACAGAGCACAGGUAUUCGUUGGUGAUCAGUCCAUUGGAUUCCUGGAUUACAAGAAUGUGGAAUUGACUAUCCCAGAUAUUACGGGUAAACAAAAUUUAAGCUUUUUGGUGGAAAAUCGUGGUAGAGUGAACUAUGGCAUAAAACUUGAUGAGCAACGGAAAGGUAUCCUAGGAGAUAUCUUUCUUGAUAAGCAGCCUUUGAAAGGCUUUACAAUCUACCCCCUAGAGAUGAAAACAAGUUUUAUUGAGAGCUUCUCAACUAUCCAACUGAAUCCUAUUCCGGAAAAACCUAUCCUUCCUGCCUUCUUCUAUAGCUCGCUCUACGUGGAUUCAUUUCCUUUUGAUACUUUUAUAAAACUUAAGGGCUGGGAGAAAGGCGUGGUGUUUGUGAAUGGAUUGAAUUUAGGCCGUUACUGGGAUAUAGGACCACAAAAGACACUUUACUUACCUGCUCCGUGGAUACAGCAUGGCAACAAUGAGAUUGUAAUAUUUGAAGAGAGUAAAGCUGGGAAAACAAUUGAAUUUGUUAAUCAGCCUGACCUCGGACAAAGUGAACAUGUGUGAAGAUAAGGGCAAAGACAUAUUUUUGGUUACUUCCUGUAACUUUUUUACAUUCUGGUGAAGGAAAAAACUUCUUGUACUUUGACUAAUCAACACUACAUUUAAAUAUUUAAAUUAAAUCUUUGAAAAGUACCUGAUCAAAUUAUGGUUUAAUUGGUUAGAAAUAUAACAAGAAUUGUCACCAUUUAAAGUUUUUUUUUAAGUGUUCAUUAUUACACUGUGAGUAAGAAUAUAGAAAUCUUUUGAUGUAUUUUGUAAUGUCUCUUCCAACAUUUAAUUAAGGAAUUAAUUUGUUUGAAAUAAGUAUAUAAAUAUUUCCUUCACUAAUUGAGAGGGUGAAAUGUUGAGAACAGAAGUAUAAGACAUUCAUUUUUGUACAGUAUUUAACAAAGAUCCAUUUAAUAUGUUUGGGUUUAAUAAUUCAUUUAACUGAAAUUUUCAUUCACUGGAUAUAGAAUUGUAAAGUCGGGUGGUUGCACUAAAACCUUUUGUGGCUUUCUCAGGAAGUACUGUGUAACAAACUGUUUUUGUGCUAUACAGGAGCUUCCCUCACAUCUUGAAUAGGUGAAUUAUUUGUGCACAGUGACAUAGGAUCUUGUAACCAAUGACAGGUAGAUAAUUGUUGUCUUUCAGUUGAUAGCGAUGAUAAGGCUUUCUCCCUGUUAUUAUUGUGUACUUAGCUGAGUCACAACAGAAUAGCAGCAAGGAGUGUUGAGCUCCUUAUGAGCAGCAUAACUAGCCAUUAAAGUUAACCAUAUCCCCACUGGUUUACAACCCAUCCUUGUACUGCAGUGCUAGAUAUCGAUGAUGGGAGAUAUCUGAGCUCUCCCACAUUUGUAUCCCCUCAUUAUUUCUUUUUGGUCAACUAACUCGGGAAGAAGAACUUGUACAAGUGAGUGCUUUCAUUUCCUUGAGAACCCAAUAGUUGCAACAUUCACAGGAGUUUCAUGACUGAAAUAAAUUUUAUUGGACAUGAAGAAAAUACAUGGUUUCAGCUAUGCAGAUGAAUAAUGAAUGGAUCAGCUCUUUAUGGGUAGGCCUAAAUUACUAAUGUUCUGCCUCUUGUGGUCGUUAUAAAUUCUGCAGACAGAACCAAAGAAGUUAUCAAACCGCUCACAUCCUUCGGCAGAGAGGUCCAAAUCUAUUCUCUUUAUGGGCUAUGUUGGUGGGUAUUAGUGUUGAGAGUAGCAUUUAACUCGACACAGCCCUUAAGUUGCUUACCUCAAGUUAUUGAUACUGAGAUCCAAAUGUAGAAUUUAUUCACCAAGACAAAGAUCAUCAUAUGGCAGUUUCCAAAUCUUGGAGCCUCCUGAAUUAGAGGGGAAACCAGAGAGUAGGGAAUGGAGUUGGAGUGGCUACAAUUUAGAGGUCCAGUUUCAUCAGCGAGGUGUGGGAGAAGCCAGAAACUCUCCCCUCAAGCAUUUGCCCUUCAACUAGUGUUUCCUUUACAACAGUCAUGAUCUUCAAUGCCACCAGUCAUUCUGUUCUACAGUACUGAAUAACAGUCACUAAAGAGAAGCGUAACUUGUUGUUUGAACUUAUCAGCUGAUAACAGAGCAAAGAAAAGGGAAAAGCUAUAAUUAUUUUAAGUAACAUCUAUAAACUGGGUCUGUUUCAAGCACAUUGUUUUAGUUGAUGUCUAGACAUAUAUUAUCUUGGAAUUCUCAAGCCAUUACAAAUUGUUGCUAAUGUCCUGGUAAUUAUCUUUUCAUUGUCACUAAGCAGGAGUAAUGAAAGACGGCACAUCCUGUUAUAUGUGGGGAACUGUAGGAUGGUGAGUAAACUUGAGCAUCGAACAUUAUGGCAGACAGCUCAAUGUUGAGUUGAUCUGUGUCAUUUUUUCCACUGUGCUCAAGUCAGUUGUCCAUUGCUCAGUUAAUGAGAAAACUGAAACAUAGCUGCUAGACAGCUUAAAACUGGCUAUAUAAAAAAAAAAGGCAUUUAACUUUCCAAGGCUCAUUGGCUCUUACAAUUGGAUGAGAGCAAAUCAGGCAGGUACUGCGGCAGCUUUGUCGAGGAAUGUUGUGUGCCACACUCUAAUCUAGGUGGUGAUAUGGUUAGAUUUUAUAGCUGGUUAUGCUGCUCAUAAUGAGCUCAGAGGACCUACUAAUCCAAAGUCUGUAUCUGCUCUGAUUGUUUAUCCAAAGACCAACUGUUAACUGCUCUGCAUUGAUUAAUGAAAUGUAUAGGAGGUAUCUCGUCCCAAGAUAUGUAAGUGGAAGCAAAUACUGUACCACCUUAAAUAGUGUCACCAUACUUGUUAACCUGAGCCACCAGGUAAGUGAUUCAAGCUUAAAGUCCCUUCAGGAAACUUUCUGAAUCAUCUCAGCAACCUGAUAUUGACUGGAUGCAAACAACUAGGCAGUCAAAGGUAAAAGGUGAUCACUACUUUUCCUUGUAUUAUAAAGCUAUUUAGAAAUUAGAAAAGAUAAAUGUAGUUUAAAAAAAACCACUUAUAAUUAAUUCAAAUCAGUUGAAAUAUCCUGAAAACUGGAUCCCAGUGGUUGUUAAUCCAAGCAGUGAUAUUUUCUACAAAGAGUAAUAAAAUCAGCCUUGCCCAACAACUCUAGCAGAUAACAUUGUUUUGUCAGAUUUUAUUUUAUUUAGGGUUCUCUUUUUUUAACUAAAAUGACAAGAUGAGGGAUUGUGUGCAAUCAACAGUACAUUAACAUGCAAAAAAAAAGUGCAACCCUCACAGAGACGGAAAAUGUUGCAAUCUAUGGAGAAAGAAAUCAAAUACAUUUAUUACAUAGCGAGAAAGAAAACUCAUUCUGAUGUUAGGACAGCCUUCUCAGCAGUGUGACUUUUAAAAAUGCUUGGAAGUAGCAGUUUUGGCAGCCUGGGUUUGGGGACUGUGUGUGAAACACUUAAUAGUGGCAAUCGUGCAACUGGCAGGUUUAGAAAUGAAGUUGGCAUUCAGUGUAUCUCUUGAGCAUUUGGAGAAGGAUUUUUUAAAAGGAAAAUCCCUCCAUUGACACGUGAGUGGGUGAAGUCUAGGGUUGUGGCCUGUUUGGUAAUUUCGUUUUCUCACACUACUAAAACAACUUCGCAGUUGCUGCAUGGAUCAAAUAUCCUCAUUCACAGUUCUCGAUCCAACAGAAUGAUAAUAUUCAAGAUGUUUCCAGCUUUUAUGUAUUUUUUGCCCAGUUUCCAAAGCUGCAUUCUUGCCCUGCCAUCUGGUGGUAGUGAAGCAAAUGGCAGGAUGAGCCUUGGUUUCAUUUAGAAAGUUACUAGCUUAAAAUAAGAAGAAUAAUGUAAACCAACAAAUUGAAAUGUGAGAACUUGAAGAUUUUACAACAAAAGUGAAGAAAAGGGGGGAACAUUUUGUGUCACAGUGUAAAGUUAGAAUUUCCCAAAUAUUAGUCUAAAUGUUUGAUAAGGUGAAAAUGUCCAGAAAUGAUUAUUCAUUCAUUGCAGCUUGUUUGUUGCUCUGAGUUUACCUUAUAGUCCUUGGAUAGCAUAAUCUGGUGACUGCAGUCAAGAAUGUGACUGAUGCAAAUGUGAACAUGCACUGUACAGAUUGUGAAUAUGAAAUAAAAAUAUCAUAGUUUGUGAUAA